AUGUACGCCAUGCGUAUUGCAUCCCCUCUCAUCCGCCUCCAUCUCUUCCACAAGACACAGCUUCAGCUCCAGCGGCUACCCAUCAACCUCACAAGAAGACCAUUUCGCACAACCACAACCAUCAUGGCCCUUCCUCCCAAGUUUGCCGGCACGGCCAAGCAGCUCGCCCCCCCGCAGGCCUCGUCGCACCCGUCGGUUAUCCCCACCGCCACGCACACGUUCGAGAUCUACCUGGACUACGUCUGCCCCUUCUCCGCCAAGCAGUUCAAGACGCUGCAGUCGGUCGUGUUCCCGCUCGUCAAGGCGAACCCCCAGUGGGCGUCGGGCCUGACCUUUGUCUUCCGCCAGCAGGUGCAGCCGUGGCACCCGUCGUCCACGCUCGUCCACGAGGCGGGCUUGGCCGUCUUGCAGAUCGCUCCGGACAAGUUUUGGGAUUUUAGCCAGAAGCUCUUUGACGACCAAGAGGCGUACUUUGACGUCAACAUUGUCAACGAGACACGCAACGCGACCUACCGUCGCCUCGCCGACCUCGCCGGCACCGUCGGCAUCGACCAGGACAAGUUCUACAAGAUGCUGGUCAUCUCCGACAAGCCAGGCGAGGACGGCGCGCUGAACAUCGGUAACCAAGUGACCAACGACAUGAAGGUCGUCACCAAGAUGAACCGCCUGAUCGGUGUGCACGUCACCCCGACGGUGGUCUUUGACGGCGUCGUCCAGGACACGAGCUCAUCGUGGGGCAAGGACGAGUGGGAUGCCUGGCUAAAGAAGAAUGUCGUCUGA